CUAGUCGAGCUGCUCGCGCAGAGGCCGGAGGGACUAAGAUGGUGUCCACAGGGCGCCGCAGGACGGCUUCAGGAAACGUUCGCGGGCCCCGACAUCCAGAAGGCUUCUCCAACCCCUCGCCCCGCACAGGUAGGAGGUGGGGAGCCCAGGAGUUCCGAGCCCUACUGCCCACUAAGCGUCGGGACUGAACCAAGACAUAAGGGGAGAACGGCGAAAGCGCAGGGAGGCGGCGCAGGAGCUCGGUCACCGUCUCGCGACGUCGCACAGCAAGCGCGUGUUGAGCUCUUUCACCUUCAUUCGGCUUUCUCCGUCUUUGAGCCUACCCCUUUAAGGGAGUGAUGGACUGUUACCUCAGCCAGUCAGCUUCCUCAGCAACAUCCAAUCAGAUUUAAACUUCUCUCACUGGUCUGUGGAGUUGGGAGAAUGAGAGCGCAAAGGGAUCGCUUUCUCUCGCGAGAUCGCUGUGAGUCGGCCUCUCCUGUAGGGGGAAAAGGCCUGCAUUGAUGGCUCGGCUUCCCGAAUAGUGGGUUAAAGGACGGGGUUCCAAACCAAUGAAAGGGAUGAGGAGGUGGGAUCAGCUCUCAGCGCUCUAGAGGUACCGUUACAGAGCAGACUUUUUGUCCAAUCAACGCCUCCAGACGUCGGGUCAGGUGGCCAUCGUGUGCGAGGGGUGGGGCCUAUAGCCUGGCGCGAGGAACCGUUAAGAUGGACAACGACUUUGACCAAUGAGGUACUUGGACUAGGGCGGUGCGUGCCCAAUAACAGUGGCGGGGCGGGCGCUUUCCCGAAGCGCGGGGAGAUGUGAAGACAGACAAAUAGUUUUCCCAAUGAGGCCGUAGACUAAGGGAACUAAUUGACCAAUGAGGACCACGGGGCGGGACCCUGUGCCGCGGCGGAGUCCAAGAUGGCGGCGUGCGGUUCCGCUGUGUGAAACGAGCGCGGGCCGGCGGGUUAAUCAGCUCCGCGGAGACGACCUCCGGCGACCCGCGACAAUGAAGGGGAAAGAGCGCUCCCCGGUCAAGCCCAAACGCUCCCGUGGCGGUGAGGACUCGACUUCCCGUGGGGAGCGGAGCAAGAAGUUAGGGGGCUCUGGCGGCAGCAACGGGAGCAGCAGCGGCAAGACCGACAGCGGCGGUGGGUCGCGACGCAGCCUUCACCUGGAUAAGUCCAGCAGCCGAGGUGGGAGCCGCGAGUACGACACUGGCGGGGGCAGCUCCAGCAGCCGCUUGCACAGCUACAGCUCCCCCAGCACCAAAAAUUCCUCGGGCGGGGGCGAGUCGCGCAGCAGCUCCCGGGGUGGAGGCGGAGAGUCACGUUCCUCCGGGGCCGCCGCCUCAGCUACAGACUGCGGGGAAUACAAGACCCUGAAAAUCAGCGAGUUGGGGUCGCAGCUGAGUGACGAAGCGGUGGAGGACGGUCUGUUCCACGAGUUCAAACGCUUCGGUGAUGUAAGUGUCAAAAUCAGUCAUCUCUCGGGUUCUGGCAGCGGGGAUGAGCGAGUAGCCUUUGUGAACUUCCGGCGGUCAGAGGACGCGCGGGCGGCCAAGCAUGCCAGAGGCCGCCUGGUGCUUUAUGACCGGCCCCUGAAGAUAGAAGCUGUGUAUGUGAGCCGGCGCCGCAGCCGCUCCCCUUUAGAUAAAGACACUUACUCUCCGUCCGCCAGCUUGUCCGGGACCUCAGGAGGAGGCCACCGGCACGCCCCCGGAGGAGGUGGCGGAGGCCAGAGAUCGCUCUCCCCCGGGGGCGCAGCCUUGGGAUACAGAGACUACCGCUUACAGCAGCUGGCUCUCGGCCGCCUGCCACCUCCACCUCCGCCUCCGCUGCCCCGAGAGCUAGAGAGAGAACGAGACUACUCGUUCUACGAGCGAGUGCGCCCAGCCUACAGCCUGGAGCCAAGGGUGGGAGCUGGAGCAGGUGCUGCUGCUUUCAGAGAAGUGGAUGAGAUCUCACCCGAGGAUGACCAGCGAGCUAACAGGACGCUUUUUCUGGGCAACCUAGACAUCACUGUGACAGAGAGCGAUUUAAGAAGGGCUUUCGAUCGCUUUGGAGUUAUCACAGAAGUAGACAUCAAGAGGCCUUCUCGGGGCCAGACUAGUACCUAUGGCUUUCUUAAAUUUGAGAACCUAGACAUGUCUCACCGGGCCAAAUUAGCAAUGUCUGGCAAAAUUAUAAUUCGGAACCCUAUCAAAAUUGGUUAUGGCAAAGCUACACCCACCACUCGCCUUUGGGUAGGUGGUCUCGGACCUUGGGUGCCUCUUGCUGCUCUGGCACGAGAGUUUGACCGAUUUGGCACAAUACGCACCAUAGACUAUCGAAAAGGUGAUAGUUGGGCAUAUAUCCAAUAUGAAAGCCUGGAUGCAGCUCAUGCUGCUUGGACUCAUAUGCGGGGCUUCCCACUGGGUGGCCCUGAUCGACGCCUUAGAGUAGACUUUGCAGACACAGAACAUCGUUACCAGCAGCAGUACCUGCAGCCUCUGCCCUUAACUCAUUAUGAACUGGUGACAGAUGCUUUUGGACAUAGAGCACCUGACCCUUUGAGGGGUGCUCGGGAUAGGACACCACCCAUACUAUACAGAGAUCGAGAUAGGGACCUUUAUCCUGACUCUGACUGGGUGCCACCACCGCCUCCAGUUCGUGAACGCAGCACCCGGACUGCAGCUACUGCUGUGCCUUCGUAUGAGCCGCUGGAUAGCUUAGAUCGCAGGCGGGACGGCUGGUCCCUGGAUCGGGACAGAGGUGACCGAGAUCUGCCUAGCAGCAGAGACCAGCCCAGGAAGCGAAGGUUGCCUGAGGAAAGUGGUGGACGGCAUCUGGAUAGGUCCCCUGAGAGCGAUCGUCCGCGGAAACGGCACUGUGCCCCUUCUCCAGACCGCAGCCCAGAAUUGAGCAGUAGCCGAGAUCGCUACAAUAGUGACAAUGAUCGCUCUUCCCGUCUUCUUAUGGAGAGGCCCUCACCAAUCAGAGACAGACGAAGUAGUUUGGAGAAGAGCCAGGGUGACAAGCGAGACCGUAAAAACUCUGCAUCAGCUGAACGGGAUAGGAAGCACCGGACAGCUGCUCCCACUGAGGGAAAAAGCCCUCUGAAAAAAGAAGACCGAUCUGAUGGAAGUGCACCCACCACCAGCACUACUACUUCAAAGCUGAAGUCUCCUUCCCAGAAACAGGAUAGUGGCACAGCCCCGCCAGCAGCAGCAGCCUCUCCUAAACUCUGUUUGGCCUGGCAGGGUAUGCUUCUAUUGAAGAACAGCAACUUCCUGUCCAACAUGCAUCUGUUGCAAGGUGACCUCCAAGUGGCCAGUAGUCUUCUUGUGGAGGGCUCAACUGGAGGCAAAGUGGCCCAACUCAAGAUCACUCAGCGUCUACGCCUGGACCAGCCCAAGUUGGAUGAAGUAACUCGGCGCAUCAAAGUGGCAGGGCCCAAUGGCUAUGCCAUUCUUCUGGCUGUGCCUGGAAGUUCUGACAGCCGCUCCUCCUCUUCCUCAGCCACAUCAGACACUGCCACCUCUACUCAGAGGCCGCUUAGGAACCUUGUGUCCUAUUUAAAGCAAAAGCAGGCAGCUGGGGUGAUAAGCCUCCCUGUGGGGGGCAACAAAGACAAAGAAAACACCGGGGUCCUUCAUGCCUUUCCACCCUGUGAGUUCUCCCAGCAGUUCCUGGAUUCUCCUGCCAAGGCACUGGCCAAAUCUGAGGAAGAUUACCUGGUCAUGAUCAUUGUCCGUGGUUUUGGAUUUGAGGUAGGAGUUAGGUAUGAGAACAAGAAGAAAAGAGAAAUGAAGCUGACCUUGUAGUGAUGUCUGAAAGGGGAGAAAAUGAUUUCAGGUAACCAGUGAACUGUUAAGCCUGAAGAGGAAUUUUAUUUGUAUAGAACUGAAAAAUAAAAGUCCUGUUCUUUGGCUGUUUAGCAGUUUUAUGAAUGUUUAAAAAAAAUAGCAGCUGUCUUUAAGAACACCAAUUCAGGUGAAUUUUUAAAUGGCUUUGUAUUUUUACCCCCUACUACAAUAAAUAGUAGUUGUGUGUUGCUCCAUAAAAAUUACAAAAUGAAAAAGGGGGUAAAAGUUUGAUUAAAUUACACCUUUUUUACAAUCUCAUCUUUUAAGUUAUACAUAGAAUAUACAGAUUAUAACUUUUUUUCUGAAACUUUGACAUUUUACUCAGUUACAUGAGUAUGAAGAAUAUUUUCAGUACUAAAAUUCUCACUUAACUGCAGUCUUAAAAAAAAAAAAGAACGCCCUGUUGUACUUGUUAUUUGUCUAGUCAUACAGUAAAUUCAUUUCAAGAUUUGUAUCAGUGGGUAUUAUUGGUGCUUUUUGAAGUCAAAGUGGAUUAUCCAGGAAGGUCUUGUUAAUGUUAUGUUCAUCUAUAAUGGAAUAGGGGAAAUAUAUAUAUUUUUAAUAUUGUAAGCAUUUGUACUGAAUAACCUUUUUUUCCCCCCUGCAAGCAAAACUGGUGAACAGCAGAUGAAGAUAUGGAAUUCAAAGUUCUAAUGGACCUUUUUGAAGAGAAGUUAUGGCUUAUGUGGAGAUUACAUGGGCCUCUUGAUGGAAGAAAGCUAAUCUGUUUAGUAUUUGUGCAUUUUACUAAAAUGGCAGCUUAAAGUUGUGUAUCUGCUAUUGUGAUGCCAAUGCCGGUGUUUUAAGUGGAAAAAAAAUGACCUCUUUGCUUUGUGCUGUGUACACAAGAUUUCUGGAAAAGUAAAGAAAAACCCUUUUUAUGGCUCACACAGCUUAAAAGUAGCUGUCACUCAAAACGUGCGCUCACAGUUGAGCUGCUUUUGUUUUAUUCUAAAUAAAUUGUUUCUUUUGAGGAAAAUGUU